AAGACAACAACACACAACAUAUCACGAUGUUCUACACACUUCAAAUUCUACUGAGCUUGGCCAGCAUGACGAUGUCAGCUCAUGUUGCGGAUCCUGGAAGUUACUAUCGCUACAGCACACAGUUUCAGGCGCCUCUAUCCUGGGACUCCCUCAUUGCCAGCAGUCUAGAGCGAGCCAUCGAAAGCUGUCAGCAGAGCUUCAAAUGGCAACGUUGGAAUUGCCCUAGCGUGGACUUCAUCAAGCGACGCACUGCACCCAGCGAAGCGCUCAAAUUGAAUCGGGAGGAUGUCUAUGUGGCCAGCAUUGCAAUGGCCUCCAUUGUGCACACACUGACCACGGACUGUGCCAAUGGCGUCAUCGCUGGCUGCGGCUGCAAGGAUACGCCUUGCGCCCAUGAGCCGGCCAAGGCUCUGCAGCUCUAUGAGCAGCACUUUGGCCUUGGCGUCGGUGCAAUUGCGCACAAUCAGCGCGUGGUGGGCGCUCUGCUGGAGCAGUCCAUGGAGCAGGAGUGCCAUUGUAAGCGGCAAGACGCACAGGGCAAGUGCCUGGAGGAGCAGUGCGUGCAGGUACUGAAGCCUUUCGACAUAGUGGCCCAGGAGUUGCAGCAGAUGUACGACGAUGCCAUACAACUGGACGGCACCACCAGCAAUCUCAAGAUCAUGUGGCAAAACAUUCCACUCGACUCGCUCGUCUACAUGGAGGACUCACCCAACUACUGCGAGCCCGAAGCCAGCGGUCGCUGGCCAGGCACACGCGGACGCCAGUGCUCCAAGACUGGUGGCAACUCGAUGGAGGAGCGUCUCUCCUGCCAGCAGCUGUGCCGCGUCUGCGGCUUCCGUGUGCGAUCUCAGCAUGUUCGCCACGAGCGCAGAUGCAACUGUAAGCUGGUCUGGGGAUUUCGAUUGCAGUGCGAUGUUUGCGUGCAACUAGAGCGCCAAUACAGUUGCUACUAGAAGAGAAAUUGAGAGAGAGAGAGAGAGAGAGGAAGAGAGACUGAGCCAUU